AUGACCCAAGACAAGGGAAGCAGCGCGGUGGAGCAGGGAAUGCUCAGCCUCCUGCGACAGUUCGGUUGGGAGAUCGCGAAGAACACGCGAUGGCUGGUCUCGCUCACUGCCGCCGCUUUCCUCAUUUGGCGGAGGGAUGCUGUGACCAUCGCGGCCAUCGGCGGCGCUCUUGGGAACGCAGCGCUAGGGAAGCUGCUGAAGCGACUGCUAGCCGAGAAGAGACCUGACGGAGCUCCGGUCUCCGACCCUGGAAUGCCAUCCAGUCAUGCCAUGAGCCUCUUCUUCCUGUCGCUCUACCUCUCUGCGGCGAUCAACGUGUGGACAGACUGGCCGAUGGCGGCAAGGACGAUCGUCACCUCCUCCCUGCUCAUUUUCUCCACCUACUCCGCUGCAUGGAGAGUGAGAGCUGGCUUCCACACUCCAGCACAGAUUCUAGUAGGAUCUGUUCUUGGAGGGUUCAACGGGAUGGCAUGGUUCUACUUCAAUCACCAGAACAUGGCGGCAUUGCAGCGCCUUGACGUCUUUCUGAAGGAGAGCAGCGCCUUGCCAUGGGCACUAUGUGGCUCACUGAUAGUCGGCGCCCUGCUGGUGGGAUCUGUUGAGAGGAAGAUAUCCAAGUUCCUCAAGUCAAAGAGCGAGAACAAAUAA